AUGGAGGUGGAAAGUGGUCUCAGAAAUCUCCAAGUCAAUGACCGGGCCUCCGAGAUCAUGGGAGGAUUCAAGUUGUAAGUUAAUCAAUUUCGAAUAGUAGAAGAGUCAUUGUUCUUUUGUUAUUUAGAAAUUGGAUGAACCUACGAGAUGCGGAGACAGGGAAAAUACUGUGGCAGAGUACAGACGACAUGGCCAAUCCUAAUAAAAUCCAUGAAGGUAAAUUGUGGCGCACAACUUAAUAUUACGUACCACUUAUAGCGAACAUUCCGAAAGCAAUCUUAAAAAGUAAAGCCGUUGCAAGGGAGAUCAACUUUACUUCCGAACACGAGAUCGAGAAGUUCAGACUGGAACAGCGCGUUUGGCUGAAGAAUUCGGUGAUCGAAGAAUGGUUUUUUGACUUUGGUUUCGUUAUUCCUCAAUCAACAAAUACCUGGCAAAAUAUUAUUGAAGCUGCCCCUGAGGGUCAAAUGUUGCCCGCAGCACUAUUGAGUGGAAAUAUUACAAUCGAGACUAGCUUUUACGACGAUUCUCUUUUGGUGAGCACAUCCAAAGUAAAGUUGUUUUACGUGUGA